CAUGUGUGUGUGAACGUGCUAUGGUGUCAGGGCAGGAAAGAUGGCGGCCUCUGCGCUCCGCCGCGGCUUGUGGAGCACCGUCAGUAAAUACAACAGGAAACACACCCACAGAAUACUGAGCGUGGCGGACAGCAGCAGCGGCUUCCAGGCGUUCAGACAGCGGCCACAGUGUCGGAGCUGCGGGCUGACCGGCGGAGCUCCGCCGGUGAGGUUCAUGUCGACACGGAACAGGCCUGAGGGGAAGAUUUUGGAAACAGUUGGAGUGUUUGAAGCGGUGAAGCAACAUGGCAAAUAUGAAACGGGACAACUGUUUCUCCACAGCGUGUUUGGCUACAGAGGCAUCGUCUUGUUUCCCUGGCAUGCCCGACUCUACGACAGAGACAUCACCCCUCCCAUGUCUGACAGCAAACCUGAUCCACCAGGAAGCCACGGUUCCAAAGAGGUUAAGGGGAAGACUCACACCUAUUACCAAGUCUUGAUUGACACCAGGGACUGCCCUCACAUAUCGCAAAGGUCUCAGACAGAGGCAGUAACGUUUCUGGCAAACCAUGACGACAGCAGAGCCCUGUACGCCAUCCCAGGUCUGGACUAUGUGAGCCAUGAAGAUAUCCUUCCCUACAACUCCACAGAGCAGGUCCCCAUCCAGCAUGAGCUGUUUGAGCGCUUCCUCAUGUACAACCCAACAAAAUCUCCUCCAUUCACAUCCAGAGACACCUUGAAGGCGUGGCAGGAUAAAAACCAUCCCUGGCUGGAGCUCUCAGACGUCCACAGGGAGACCACUGAGAACAUCCGAGUCACUGUCAUCCCCUUCUACAUGGGCAUGAGGGAGGCCCAGAACUCUCAUGUGUACUGGUGGCGAUACUGUAUCCGUCUGGAGAACAUGGGCAGUGAGGUGGUUCAGCUGAGAGAGAGGCACUGGAGGAUCUUCAGCCUGUCAGGAACUCUGGAGACGGUCCGAGGACGAGGAGUAGUGGGCAGGGAGCCAGUGUUGUCCAAAGAGCAGCCGGCCUUUCAGUACAGCAGCCACGUGUCUCUACAAGCCCCCAGUGGUCAUAUGUGGGGGACGUUUCGUAUUGAAAGGACUGAUGGCUCCCACUUUGAUGUUCGCAUUCCUCCUUUCUCCCUGGAGAGCAACAAAGACGACAAAGCGCCCCCAGCUGGCUACACAUUUUAACUGCGAGUAGUCACCUCCCACCUGUGACAACCAGAUUCCAAUCAGCCUAGGUUUUCUAAAAUUGUCCUUCCUCUGUAACAUUGUCUCAGCCUUCAGCGUCAGACCAGCGUGAGUCAGGUUAUGCAAAGGGUAACUAUUGCAUUUUCUAGGUCAUCCAAAUGCAGGCCCACCUUGCCCUUUUUCUGUCAGAGUGCACCCAACAGAAGUAUAACAUUUAUUAAAUCCUAUAGAGUAGAAAAUGGUUGCGCCUUCACUCGGUGAUGUGUUUGACAUGGACAGUGUAGUGGAUGUGAACUGGGAGACAGGGAGGAAGAAUUGAGGCUGGAUACCUCAAAUCAACCAGAAAGCAGUUUUUGACUUUAAUUACCUAGAUUGUGUAUUCUCAAAUGAGCCCAUAGUCUAAUUUGCCCCGCCCACUUUCAUAAUGACCCGAAGUUGUUUAUUUUACACUUCAUAUCAUAAGUCUCUGACUUUGUGUUUUAUGCCAUCAAUGUAUAGUAGAACUGUUUGCAUAGCUCCUUGCCCUGCUCUCUCUCUCUCUCAAAGUCAGACUGGCAUAACAUUCCGCUUUAGCUAGGUCAUUCUUUCCACAGCCGUCUAGUUCUCAGUGGGUGGGCAGACCUCAACCUACCCUUUGUCUAUCUAGCUGAUUUGAAGGAGCGUACAGGUGUUCAGUUGGCUAUCAUAAUAGUCCCCCGCCCUGCCGCUACCACCACUGCUGGAAACAAACACAUCCUUCCAUUGAUGUUGGGAUUUAUGAAAAAAUUAUAUGACGUUUAUCCUGGACCCGGUUUUCCUGCCAUGUUUUCUCAUCAUAAAACUAUACUAUCACACAUUAAACCUAUGUUGGGCAACUUAAUACAGAAAUAGUUAAUGUGCAGAGGUAUUUAUGUCUGACAACACUGAAGCACAGUGGAUUGAGUUAGGAUCUGUUUGACACUGAACUGAAAACGACUCUUAAAUGUCAAUGUGAAUUCAUUAAAAAUUAUCUAAAUUAAAUAACUAAAAUUUUCAAUGUAUGACACCUUUGGCAGAACAAGCCUUGAAUCUGUGUACAGAGGUUUGUAUGUGGUUUGUGGUGUUAUUUUGAAGCCUUCCAGGACCUGCUGUAAAGUAGCAUCUCUAUGCUGCCACCAACAGGCUUGAUGCUAUGCAUACGUCUUAAUGGACCGAUGGCAGAGAUUGAAAAAUUCCCAUGUUAUCUACUAAUAAGCAUUCUCAUCAUAGGACAGCUUUGGAUGGUAUACUGGUCAAGUUGGAUUGAGGGUUAAUUUAUUUAUUCAAUUUUAGAUCAAUGACAGUGAAAAUUAGCUGAUGUGAGGCACCCAUGUUUGUUUUUUCUUCAGGCACUUGAGUUGUCUUAAGAUCCAUGUUGGGUAGCAAUCAUUGUUAUGUUUUAUAAAAAAAAUGUGUCACAGAUAAAGAAGUGAGUACACCAUUGAUUAAUUUUAUAUUUGUCCUUAAUUACGAUUUUUUUAAUAGACACCUGGUUCAUCUUUGACAUUUAAGUCCUUUUUUUUUUUUACAGUGCUCCUAAUAAAAUCCAGAGAUUUCUUGGAAAAGAGCAGAAGUCAGGAUUUCAUUGUCAUUGAAUAACAAAAACACCACAACAUUAAAUAGUUAAGGCAAGCAGUGGGCAUCCAGUGUUGUGGGUAACUGGAGAACUGAGUGUGUGACAUGCUUAUCUUCCUCUCUGCUGUCUGCUCCUUUGUAAAAACCUGAAUGUCUUUCGUUAGGGCUGACUGUUUGACUUUGCAAACUCUGGCGCGAGAAGUUAUGAGCCUAAAAAUCCUCACCAGAAGAGUGAGAUCACAAACUAACAUUGUUGGUUUGAUAAGUGAUUUGAAGCAACUUAAAUGGUAUACAACUGUAAAUAGAGAUGUAAUUAAAGGCUACACAAAUAAAUAUACCUUUUGAAAAAUA